AUGCCUAAGGAAGCUACUGCUAAGAAGACUCGCAAGGCUGCCGCUGGCGCUGCCGACAAGCCCGCGCGUGGCAAAGGCAAAAAGGACCCAAACGCGCCCAAACGCGCUCUGUCCGCGUACAUGUUCUUCAGCCAAGACUGGCGUGAACGUGUCAAGGCUGAGAACCCCGACGCUGGCUUCGGCGAGGUCGGUAAACUUCUAGGAGCGAAGUGGAAAGAGAUGGACGAGUCGGAGAAGAGGCCUUAUAUCGAACAGGCUGCGCGUGAUAAAGCUCGCGCGGAGGAAGAGAAGGCGAACUACGAGAAGAAGAGCGCAGGGGAGGACGAUGAGGAAGACGAUGAGUGA